UAGGUAACGCGGGCAGUUCAAUCGUAGUGCUGUGAGGUUCAACCAGUAUUCGUACAGCCUCACUCUGCCUAUACAGAUACAGAUAAAAAUAAACAAUUAAAUCAGUAGCAGUAAACUAGAAAUUUGAUGAGUGAAAGGGAAAUACAUUUAUUUUAGUCAACGAUGGGAAAACCAAAAGUAAUGGAGUGGUCGCGUAAUCAUAAGCUGCUAAUAUUUUUCAUAAUAGCGGCUCUGUGUUUUUUUGUGUCCACCGUUGCACUAGCGACGUUGGAUAGAGAUGCGUGUAAACUUAUUGAACAUAAACCUGAUAAUACUACACAGGAUGAGAAAAAGAUAGAGGACCCUAAUUACUACCGUCUCCCAAGAAGUGUUGAACCAGAGAACUACAAACUUAUGCUAAAUCCAAACACUACGAAUAACUCCUUUGCUGGAUCUGUCCUAAUCACAAUAUCAGUGAAAGAAAAAAUUAAAACAAUUGCACUACACGCAAAUAAUUUGACCAUUCAUGGAAUUAGCUUGACAAAUAAUAACAGUAAAGGCAUUCGAAUACUCUCUACAAAUAUGUCUUUGGAUAAAAGAGAGCUGUUAUUAAUAAAUUUACAAAACGAAUUGGACAUUGCGCAAUACAAGCUGUUUAUUUUAUUCUCUGGCAGAUUGGAUAACAAAAUAGUUGGUUUUUAUAAGAGUAAUUUAAAAACUGGCGGAACAAUGGUUGCAAGUAAAUUCCAGCCAACUUAUGCUAGACAAGCAUUCCCUUGCUUUGAUGAGCCGGACUUCAAAGCCACUUAUGAUAUCACCUUGUGGAAGCCACAUUCUUAUGUUGCUCUUUCCAACAUGAAUGAAAUCUCAUCAGUAUAUGAUAAAAAUGUUCAAAUGGACAGAGUCACAUUUGCAACUAGUGUGCCUAUGUCUACAUACUUGGCUUGCUUUGUUGUCUGCGAUUUUGAUUAUAAGGAGGCCGACAUUAACUCAGGGGGCAUAGGAAGAAACUUCAAGCUCCGAUCAUUCGCUCAGAAGCAGGAUCUGCAUAAAAUUGACUUUGCUCUGGACAUUGGAAAGAGAGCCACUGAAUUCUACAUCAAUUACUAUGAAGUACCAUUCCCUCUGCCUAAAUUAGAUAUGAUAGCCAUCCCUGAUUAUGUAUCCGGUGCCACGGAGCACUGGGGCCUGAUCACAUAUAGAGAGACAUCAUUCCUCGUGGAUCAGGCUUCGGCUUCAGCCACAAACAAAAUAAGUGUGGCCAACACAAUAGCUCAUGAACUCGCACACAUGUGGUUCGGAAACUUAGUAACAAUGAAAUGGUGGGAUGAAGUCUGGUUGAACGAAGGUUUCGCUUCGUACAUGCAAGCUAAAGCCUUAGAGGCUAUUGAGCCCAGCUGGAAAGUUUUGGAUAGCUUCUUAACUAAAGUGUUGCAUCCAGUGUUGUCGAUUGAUGCGAAGCUGUCCAGCCAUCCGAUAGUACAAACUGUGGCCACACCUGAUCAAAUCACAUCCAUAUUUGACAGUAUUUCUUAUAAUAAGGGAGCAUCUAUCUUAAGGAUGUUGGAAGGAUUUAUCGGGCCAGAGAACUUCCGUCACGGAGUCUCAGAUUACUUGAAGAAAUACGAGUUUGGCAACACUGUUACUCAAGAACUGCUGUCAUCACUAGAACCUUACUUCAAAAAAGAUUUCCCUGAUUUGAAUCUCACAUACAUAAUGGACACAUGGACUCUUCAAAUGGGUUACCCUGUGUUGAAUGUGAAACGUGGUGACGAGCCUAAGUCAUUCAUUGUAUCGCAGUCUCGAUUCCUAAUCGAUCCUGAUGCAGUCUACCCCAACGAUUCUAAGUUCAACUACAAAUGGUUUGUGCCCAUCACAUUCAAGACUGAUACUGCAACAAAGAAUGAAGUUACUUGGCUGGCUGACACAGCUCAAGAUGUAACAUUGAAAAUAAAUGCCGACGAUAAAUGGCUGAAGAUUAACAACAACCAAGUGGGUUACUACAGAGUGAAUUACGAUGAAUCCACUUGGCAAGCCCUCAUUGAAGCGUUGAAAUCCAAGUCUAAUCAGCUCAGUGGUGCGGACAGAUCACAACUACUGGACGAUGUUUUCGCUCUAGCUGAAGCGCGAGCUGUGCCUUACAGCAUAGCUCUGGACCUUACCACUUAUUUGCUAGUGGAGAACGAACUGACUCCUUGGCAGACAGCUGGAAAUGUCUUCUUCGGUCUAGAAGAUCGACUGCAGUAUUCUUUGGUGUAUGAUAAUCUUAUGAAAUACAUUCAGCGCCUAAUUCGUCCGAUAUACGCGAAACAGAAUUGGGACGCAGUAAACUUACCCAUUAUUGACAGCUUAUUACGAACAAGGAUAUUAUCAUUGGCCGUCCACUAUCAGGUGCCCGAGGCAGUGGAGAAAGCAAAGAGUAUGUUCUACCAAUGGCUGAACACUCAUGGCACGCCCGAGAAUGCGCCCAUACACCAGGACUUGCGUGAAAUGAUCUAUUAUAACGGUAUGAAGUCCGCGUCUAUGGCUGACUGGGACAAGCUGUGGGCAAUCUACAAGAAAGAGGAAGAUGUCCAAGAGUUGCUGAAACUCCGCAAGGCUUUAGCUGCACCACGUGACACUACUAUACUGCGCAAAUUCCUGCUCAUGGCAUGGGACGAGGCUAACAUCCGAAGCCAGGACUAUUUGACGGUGGUAGUUCAGAUAAGCGCCAACCCGAGUGGCGCGGCGCUAGUGUGGGACGACGUGCGCGCGCGCUGGCCGCAACUCGUGCAACGGUUCACUCUCAACAGCCGGUACCUUGGGAACAUCAUACCCGCCAUCACUGCGUCCUUCAAUACUGAUCUUAAGCUGAAAGAGAUGGAAUCAUUCUUCGGCUUGUACCCCGAAGCGGGUGCGGGUGAGACCGGGCGGCGACGGGCGUUAGAAAAUUGUAAAAACAAUAUUCGCUGGAGUACCUACCACUUGAAACAAGUCACAACAUGGAUCAAUGCCAACUAUCAGUCCUGAUUAAAAUAUUAAAGGCCACUUUAAUGAAUUGUAGGUAAGUAAGACAUUGUAAAGAUGAGUAAAAGAUUUCGUCGAGAAAGAUAAGUCAACCUAAUAAAUGUGAAAAUGAACUAACCACUGUACUCAGAGUCAUUUAAUGAUUACUAAACCCAGUCCUUAGCAAUUGUUUUGGAUACAAAAUCGUUACUUAGGAAUAGUUUAAGUAAUCAUUAAAUGUCUCUGUACGCAAGUUAAUGUCAGUCUAUCUAGUUUUAUUAAGAAGCCAUAUUAAAAUAGCCUUUAUUGCAACUGUAACAUGGUUGAUUUCAUUUAUCACAAAGUUGUUUUGAUUUUAAAGCCGAACCAGGCUGGGUCUACAUUAUAUCCAUCCUAAACUUGUUAUAUCUUAGUUAAUCUGGUCUUAAUACUUACCUAUUUAUUUACUUGUGGGCUGAAGUUUAGUGUUUAAUAAGUUUACGAACGUGAAUAUUUUAAUCACGUAUUUUAAGCUAUUAUUUCUACUGUAUUUGUUGGAGUAAGUUCAACCGUUGGUUGACUCAAAUGAAGUAAAUGAAGAUUAAAGAAUUCAAGUCAGGGCGCCGAGCGUGGUAACAAAACUGACGUAAUGAUAAAAAUCAAGCGUUUCAUUUCAAUCAUAAUGUUUAUGUGAUUAAAACUAAUUAAACUGCUUGACCCCGACUGUGGGUAUUGCAAAAUAACAUAAUAAGCAUAUCCAAUAUCUAUCGUAUGGAGAAAACACAUAUGAAUUAAUUAAAACCACAUAUUUGUUAUCAUCUUGGCUGACAAUAUACAAAUGAAGAAGAAAAAAUGAGCGAAAUAGCCCUAGCAGUUAAGCCAAAGGUUAAUUUGUCUCUGUGAACUAAUUUGAACUCUUAACAAAUAUGGCAUUGCAACAGCUGCGCCGCAUAUCCGUAACAUUCCUAGACAAACCUACAACAUUGCAGCUCUUCUGUGGCCAAUGUACAUGGAACUGUUCACACAGAAUUAGAUUUUUAUCAUGGUUGAAAAAUAUUUUUAUUUAAUUUUCGUUGUUGUUGAAAUAUUUCGUUUUUUUACGCUUCUGUGGCCGAGUACUACAUAUAGUUUCAUUUAACUCAUAUGAGUAAUCUCCAUAUUGUAUGUACGUGAAAAGAAAAAAAUCAGUCUGUACCCUUAAUACGAGUUUGCUUCGUGCGCGGCACUCUGAUUGGUUUGUAAAUUCGCGCCGACCAAUCAGAGCGCCGAACGCGCGUUUCGUUUUCGUUCAACGUAAAGCAAACUCGUACUAAUGGUACUGACGAUGACGUGUGCAAUAUGAAAAUUGCACAUCACAUGCACAAUGUCGCAGCUGUACAAACCUUAAAUUUCUAAUUAAAAGAGUUUUAAAGAUAAGUGAUUAAUAAAUUUUAUCAUUAUGAUAAUAUGAUAUUUAAUGCAGGUGUUAAUCUUAAAUACUAAAUAAAAUUAUGAAACUGUUUUCUUACUAUUUCCAAAUUUUAAAAUAUUGUUGGAUUCAUAUAAAAAUAAUAUAAAUUGUCAAUUUAAUAACAUGAUAGUUGGUUGCAUUUUAAUCGCCAUUUUGUUUUUAUUAGCAUUUAUUGUUAUAAUUAAGUUUAAACACGUAACGUAUUUCUUCAAUAUCUUUGGAUCUCAAAGUACUUAAAAACUUUCCUUGCAGUGUAUAGCAUACCAAUCGGAUUUUCAACCUUAAUACUAUUGAUUUAAAGUAGAUAUUUAAAAAAUUAAGACUGCAACAUAAUUAUUGUUUGGGAAUACCUUAAUCUAUAAGGAGGUACUACUAAUCAUGCUCAAAAUUAAUCCUUUUGUAAAACAAAUUAUAAGAAUAUGUUUGUAACCAAUGAAAUAAAACUAUUGUGUGUUUA